CUUGGACCGAGUCAAUACCUAGGUAACUAGCAUGGCGGAAGGUCUCCAGCAGCUCAUCCUCGACACCCUCGAGACGCAUGGAUCUAUUGCGGACACACGAUCUCUCACAAUACCAGGGCAAUCCGCGCCUGCGGAGUCCCAAGAUGCUCAGAUCACCAUCCUCGGCGCCUUGAACUCGCUUCUCAGUCGCGAUAUGGUUAAAUUCGAGACGAACGAGAUCGUGUCCCAUGUGUUAACGCCCGAGGGAUCUCAAAUCGCUCUUAACGGAUCGCACGAAGUACGCGUAUGGAAUGCGCUUCCAGUGAAAGGCCAAGGCUCUCCUGUCACUGCGGUACAGCUCAAGAAGUUGGUCGGCGACGAAAGCGCCAAGGUCGGUCAAGGGCGCGCGUUCAAGAAUGGAUGGAUAGGGAAGGAGGGUGACGGUUUCGUCAAGAUCGCGUCCAGUGUCCAAGAUACUACCCAGAUCGACCUACUGGAGAUUCAAGCGUCUGGAACGCUGAAAGCAGGGGAGAAAACGCUUGCUGAUCUUCGCAAGCGAAAACUUGCUGUGCAAAGGAAAGGUCAAUGGUUUGCUGUACAAAAAGGUCCCGAAUUCAGCACAUCGACUGCCAAGCCGGAAACCGAUCUAACAGUCGAAAUGCUUACAUCAGGAGCUUGGAAGACCUCUAGUUUCAAAAAGUACAAUUUCGAUGCUGAGGGAGCUCCCACACUUGGAGGAUCGCUGCAUCCCCUCCUCAAAGUGCGAGAAGAGAUCAGGGACAUCUUCCUAGAAAUGGGUUUUGCAGAGAUGCCGACAUCAUCGUUCGUAGAGUCUGGUUUCUGGUGCUUCGACGCUCUUUUCGUACCUCAACAACAUCCUGCGCGUGAUCUUCAAGACACUUUCUAUCUCUCAGAUCCUCCGCGGUCGCUGGAUCCGGACCCAGCUUAUUAUAAACGAGUGUCAACAGUGCACGAGCACGGUGGAUUCGGGUCGACGGGAUAUAGGGCACCUUGGUCGCAUGAAGAAACGACGAAAUUACUUCUCCGAACACAUACUACUGCCAGCUCAGCACACAUGCUCUACAAACUUGCUGCACGAUGCCGAGGUGAAGAUAUGGAAGAUGACGAUCAGCCUCUAACCAAAGGCGGCAACUCCAAGGAUGGUUUCAGACCCGCCAAGUUGUUCAGUAUCGACCGUGUCUUCCGAAAUGAAACCACCGAUGCAACACAUCUGGCCGAGUUCCACCAAGUGGAGGGUGUUGUUGCCGAUCGCAAUUUGACUCUGGCGGAUCUCAUUGGGUUCAUGAAAGUGUUCUUCAGCAAGAUGGGCAUCAAGCAUGUCCGCUUCAAGCCUGCUUAUAACCCUUACACCGAGCCCUCCCUUGAAAUCUUCGCUUUCCACCCGAUGUUGGACCGGUGGGUAGAAGUCGGAAACAGUGGUAUGUUCCGUCCAGAAAUGCUCGAGCCCAUGGGCUUCCCCAAGGAUGUCCGAGUGCAUGGUUGGGGCCUCAGUCUGGAACGCCCUACAAUGAUCCGGUAUGGGAUCAACAACAUCCGGUUGCUUUUGGGCCACAAGAACUCUAUCGAGGGAAUAGAGAACUCGCCUGCCCCCAUGUUGUAGAUGAUAGACAAUGUAACAAAAACCUUGUACUUAUCUUGUUCGGGAGCCUCACGACAAGUCACGGGCCGUGAUGUGACAUCUCCGCGCUCGUGACAUGAUUGACAACAAAGUUUUCUACUCCAACGGCGCACUGCACGCGGUGCAGCAGUGAAUGCGCUUUCACACAUGCUCAGCCUCAACAGGCCCUCUUUUCACGAUGACAUGAUGACCAUACGCGGUCGGUUACCUUCCAAAGACGAGUUCCGUCGGCUGCGUCAUCUCGAAUUACAGGAGCCGCUCGACCCCGACCGCCCUCCCAUCACCGACGACACAUUGUCAGAAAUAUUCGCAGAAUGUCCGCAUCUUCAAACGGUGGCUCUGUCGGCUGCUUCGGCAGUUUCUGACAGGGCAAUCGUGUUACUGGCGGAGCAUGCACUCAACCUGGAAUCGAUCGACUUGAGCGGCUGUUACCAAAUCACGGAUGUCGCGAUUUUCGAACUGGGAGCCAAAUGCUCGUCGUUGCAGGGAAUACUGCUGAACAGAGUUGUGGGGUUGACGGACCCGUCCAUAACGACGUUGGCCAAGACGUGCUCACGACUUGCGGUAUUGGAGCUUUGCGAUCUUCCAUUGCUCUCGGCGAGGUCUGUUCGGGAUAUCUUCACUUUCUCGCGGAAGCUGCGGACUCUGCGUUUGGCUGGGUGCCCGCAGUUGAAUGACAAGGCUUUCCCGGCUUUGGGGGCGUUUUGGGCACCGGAGCCGGUGACGUAUAGCAACAACCUGGACAAGCCACUUCCUCCGCGUCCGAGCAGCUGGCUGGACGUACUACCGCCGCUGGUGUUGCGUCAUAGGGCGGACAAUCUGCGGAUAUUGGAUUUGUCCUUCCUCACGGGCAUCACUGAUGCAGCAAUCGAAGGCAUCGUGCAUUUCGCACCCAAGAUACAACAUUUGCAACUGUCAGGUUGCAAGCAACUCACAGACAGGGCACUCGAAAGCAUAUGCAGGCUCGGAGCUCAUUUGGAUGUACUUAUUCUUGGCCACAUCGGCGGUAUCACCGACCGGGGAAUAGUGUCGCUGGCGCGGUCUUGCACAAACCUUCGGUGUGUCGACCUCGGUUUUUGUAGAAAUCUCACAGACAUGUCUGUGUUUUGUUUGGCGGAACUUGGCAGCAUCCGCCGUCUCAGCCUAGUAAGGCUACACCGACUGACCGAUAUCGCUGUGUUUUCUCUGGCAGAGCAUGCGUUGGAUCUGGAGAGGCUCAACCUCUCCUACUGUGACCGGUUGACCGUGCAGGCCGUGCACCUGCUCACGAAGCGGCUAUUGAAGUUACAGCAUCUCUCAGCGACCGGGAUCCCUUCUCUGAUCGAUCGCCCCGGGCUCCACCGCUUCUCGGAUGCAUGCCCCCCGGAAUAUGACGAUGAUCGAAAAGCAGCAUUUCGUGUCUUCAAUGGGGAAGGCAUUUCUGGAUUUCGCAAUUUCCUUAAUAAGGAAGAUGAUCGCCGCCGAGAGUCCGAGCGACGGAAUAUACCCUUCGCCCCUCGCUCCGACGAUGCGUUGGAUUUGUAUUAGGCCAUUAGAAAUAAUAGGUUAUCUAAUCUGCGUGUAUACAGUAUCACUUACAUGUCUGUUCUGGCCCCAAAAAGGCAGGAGGAUCCAUCACGAACGGUCCGAGGCAUUGUUGGCGGUCUUAACCCACGAUGACAACCGGAAUGUGGAGGAGACACAGGCCCGUCUCACCCUGACCCAUUCUGACACCGACGACAUAAAAGCGCACAAGGGUGGGACCUGUCAAGCUUUCAAGGACGGCCCCUAUAUGGCUCCGGGGCGAAACUUGUAAAAGUCAACCCCCUUGUUCUCGCGCCGCGCUCGUUUCAUUGGCAUCGCCUAUCUCUCUCAUGCACUCGUCUUUUCGCGAACGACGUAUGCGCCAUCCCGCUCCAGAGAGGCUCACUAUCUCUGGCUUCCUUCCUUUGCCUCCUAUCACAGCGUCGCCGGUGUGCACUCCCACAAGCACGUUGAGCCUGGGCGAAGUCCUCGCAGUGGGCACCCCACACACCGCCGCUCCGCAUUUCGUGGCCGAGGGCGGGUCGUUACGCGUCUACCCACUUGGAUCUCGACACCACCGACUCCGCCUCCCAGGCACAUCAGACGCUCAGUGACAUGUAUCGUCCGACGGCCGCCACAAUCUCCUCCAGUCCUCCCACCCUCUGCUUCCGUGCCUCUAUCGUCAGGUCCCAUCCGUCACAUCCCUUCCAUACGGCCUCGUGCCCGCUCGGACCCUCAACUGCGUCGUGUGUCGGGCGAGUUUGGCUGCCGGUCAGAUGUAUCAGAUAUCAGCAGCGGGCUAGAUUGGCAUGUGGAGAAGGCCAGGGAUGAUGUUCGGAGGUAUCACGCCCUCAUGGAGCUGCUGUCGUCGGAAGUCAGAUACUUGGAGGACUUACGGGCUUUACUUUGUAUAUAUCUGAACGGCCUGCCCACACUCUGUCGCACCUCGUCAACGGGUGCGUUCGGCCGCACAUCGCGCAACAAUUCAUACACGCAUCUUCCGAAAGCCAACGGCUUCUCGGAGCCAGGUCUCCAUCCCCUCACCUCAAUUCAGACUUCGCCGAGCAAGCAGCCGAAGGCGUAUCGUCCCUUGUUUGCCGAUUGGGAAAUCAAGUUGCUCACACGGAACGCGAAGGAAGUCUUGCGUCUCCACGAGAACUUUGUCGCCGAAUUGCGCGAGACGAUAUCUCCGAUCGGAUUUGUCAUGGAGGAGGAGCCUUCGCCGGAUCAGUUCGAGAUGAAGAUGCGCAUCCGAAACAUCGAUGCAGUAGUGGGCAUGGUCUCAGCCAAAUUUGCUACAGAGGCUUCACGUUUUGACGCAUACCAGUCAUUUUGCACUGGACAUCCAGAAGCAUUGCAAGUUGCGCAAAGAGCUCAGAGCCAAUAUCCAGCGGAAUGGGAUGCUUUCGAACAACAAUGUGCUGCUGCUAUCGCUGACGAACCGCUCCAUCGAGCCCCUUCGUCCACUCGAUCCUGCAGCCCUAGCGAAGAACGUCCGCAACCUCGCUCGAGAAGAUCAUCUAUCGCGUCACUUGACGGUGCUCUCCGGCAGACGCGGGCGCGCACAAAUUCGAAGGAGAGCGCAACCAAAGAAAAGUCACGUCGCUUGCUCUUCCAGGAUUACUUGAUCAAGCCAGUGCAACGAAUCUGUCGCUAUCCACUACUCCUGGAUCAGCUCGGACCGAGCAAGAAGAUGCGCCGAAUCUCGCGGCCAUCUUCGUCUCGGCCGCCCGUCGAAGUUGUCGUGGAGAGUGCGGCCCAGGCUAUGCGACAUGUUGCUAGUGCUGUGGACGAAGCACGACAUCGACAAGCAGUGAAAUGCAGUCCUCACUGAUCGCAUCGCGCAUUGCGGUUGCGCAUCCUUCUCAUGCAAUAUCGCAUAUGGCAUCGUCAUCCGUGUUUCCUCCCUUCCAGAUUCUCACUCCCAGCUUUCUCUCUUCGCUUGGCACGUGCCUACUCGCUGGCUCUCUCGAUGUGAUGCACUAUCACUCUUCCAAGCGGCAGAACAGCGGACCGAACAUCAAUGCAAAAUAUCUUGGUGCAUUUUUGUAUCUUGGAGGAUAUCUUAUCCUGGUCAAAGUGAUCAAGGGCAAGGUCUACGAGCCCAGACAUUGGUUUUCGCUGAUAGAUUUCGAAGUGGUGGAUUUGGAAGAGGAAGACACGUCCCUGCCGUGCACUUUCAGACUCACAUGCGAGGGCAACCAAUUGAUCUGACCGCUGCAUGUCAGAGAGAAAAGGAUGCUUGGCUGAGUUCUAUCCGAGAAUCGAAGCUGCACCCUCCUGCUUGGAUCAACGAGCCUACGUCGAGCAUCCAUCUCGAUUGCAAAGGCGAAUUCAUUGCCUCGACACUCGAUGGCCCAUUCGAGAUCAUCAACGCACUGCCCACCAUUCAGUCUCUCCCGGAAUUGUCGAAAGAGGAUGGGUUCCCGGAUCUUGCUGCAUCGGUCUUUGCGGCCUUUGAACAAAGCCAAGCUGAAGGCCAGGCCGCGAGAACGGGGAUAACAGCGAAGAACGAGCCAAUCACGAGCCGAAGAUCAUCGACGGCUUCCGUCAGGGCCAUUUUUUCUGCCAGCUCUGAACCGGAUACAAUCGUCAUUAGACGAUCGUCUCCUGCUGCCAGGGCUCAGGUCGACUUGGCUCUGCACGACGUCAUCUCGGAACCCAUUCUGGCAGCAAGGUGCACCCGGAUGAGCUGUUCCAGGCUCCCAAAAUCCUGCGCAGCUCGUUUACCCGCUCCAACUCUGCGUUGAGUUUGACUGGGCUGACGAAGAAUCGGCUGUCCCGACACGAGAGUGUGCGAGUGCCCAGGCGGAAGAGCCAGUCAACGGACGAAGGUGGCAAAUCACCGUCGCGACCGACAUCGCUGAGGUUGAAAUCAGUGAAACGUCGACCGAAACGAUUGAGCAUCGUCUCUGCCUCGGAAGCGGAGAUUCUGUUCCAGACCUCUGAUCCCUCGACCGUCUCGCCGUUCUCGCAGUGCUCGUCGCUGACCUCCAGCCUGACCAGCCCCACGCUUGAGACGCCGCCGUCGCCCGUCAAGCCAGCAGCCCCGGUAGAGUACUACAUGACUCUGACCCAAGGCAUCCUGCGCCGACUAGGCAAGUCGGCCCGGCAUCGGAGAACGCGGAGUGCGCCGCAUGACCAGAACCAAUCCCCGGUUUUGCCCGAGAUGGAUUUCGGGGCAGCGUUGUCUGCUGAGGUGGAGCCGCGUGCUGCGAGUCCGGUUGUGGCUACGGCGGAGGCUCCGCGGCGUACUCGGUUUCUUUCGUCUGAAACACCCAACACUGACCCUCGGCCGACGAGUAAACGGAGUUCCAUAUUCCGUCGGCUGAGAUAAUUUUUCUGUGUGGAUGCACGUUCAUUUAUUCAUUGCAUUCAUUAACCAUGCCACUCUUUAUACCGCAGCAACUAGUCGAUACCCAUCAUUUCUUGUAUGUACAUACGUAUAUUUGCGGUUGGUAGAAAACAAAGAUCAAUCCGGAACGAAUUGGU